AUGAAGGAAUCCAUCUUCUUAAAAUGCGUUUAAAUUAUGAAGAAUCGUCCAUCUGACUCUUUACACUUUAGCUGGUGGGACUUUUCACUCAACUCUCAUUAGGACCCGAGCACUGACAGGCACUGACAGACAGUGAGGCCAUAUUGAAAUUGUAAGGAUUAUUUAUUUUUUUAGGCAUUUUUGAAGGCUCUAACAUGCUCAUAUUCUUACCAAAAUUUGCAGAAAAUUCGACAGUAGUGAAAAUUGACAUAAUUUAUCAAUUUUUCUAAUUAAUUUAACUAAAUUUUUAUUUAAUUAAAUUCGUACUUUGUUGUAAACUGGGUGUAACUCAUUAUGUUUAUGGUCAUGGGUCAUGGGACAAAGUGUUCCUCUUAUUUUAGUCUGUAGCUAAUACAUUUCAUCUAUAAUAAAUCACGGUGGAAUAAGUUAAAAGUAGCAGAGAUCUUUUUCCACCCCUCUACAGUAUGAAUAAUAACAGUAUUUCUCAUAAAUAAUGCCAAACUAAUGACAAGAAAAAGUGAAUAAGAAACAAAAAUACUAGAUUAAAUAAAAUUAACAAAAAUCAAAUAAAGAUAACUUCAUACAAAUGCAAAGUUUCAGAAUCCUGUAUAUUCAGUCCAUAACUAUUUAACACAUCGGAAUUGCUUUCUUCUUCUUUAAUCCUCUGGACGUGGAGCUCGAUUAUUCGUUAUACAACACCGGAAACGAGCGGCUGGUGUCACACUGAACUCUGCCCCCCCUGUGUGUGGGACAACGCCGAUUGAUUCCGCCAAAAUGUCGACCGCUGUGCUCUGUUCCAGAGUCCUUCAGAGAGCUACACAUGGGUUCGUCUUCUCCUCCAGGGCUGUGCCCGCCUCCUCCAGCCCAUUUCUGUGUCGUGCUCAUAGACUGGGGCCCAGUGAUGAUGAGAUGUACCAACGCACCACAGUGUCCGUCAUGCAGAAGGAGCCGGGCAGUGGGGUCAUGAUCCAAAGCUACAGCUCCGGAGGGUUUAACAUCGAUGGUAAUCGAGUGUUUGGACCCUGUGCUGUGCUGCCUCCUGCGAUCCUGCAGUGGAACGUUGGCAGUCAUAAAGACAUCACAGAGGAAAGUGUAUCGCUCUUCCACAUGCUGGAACCAAGAAUAGAGAUCCUUGUUCUGGGAACCGGCGCACGGCUUGAACGAAUCAAUCCCUCAGUCCUCGCUCUACUCAAGAGGAAGGGCAUCGCUGUGGAGGUGCAAGAUACGCCGAACGCAUGUGCAACCUUCAACUUCCUGACCAGUGAGCGGAGAGUGGCUGCUGCUGGACUGAUCCCUCCACCUGUCAGCACUGCCCUGGAAUUAACACAGGAGUAAGUCCUGUGAACUCCUUCAGUAUCAGAUGGUGCAGCCUGUGGGAUGGUUGUUCCUCUGCACAAAGCUCCAACAGGAGACAAACCUUCACCUCUGAUGUUUGGUUAGAACAGUUAUUGUACAGAUUCAUAAGUUAAGAGCAGCCCCCUGUGUACACAUGUGUAUAUAAUUGAGGACACAAAUGCCGCAGAAUUAGACCUGAAUACAGUUCACCUGCGUUACUAUGUAGAAAAUAUUAUUUGUAUAAAUGAUUUAUUUGAAGUGUCACAUUUAGCAAUAACUCAAAUAUCAUGUAUUUUAUGUAUUUUCAUGCAUAAAUGUAUAAGACCAUA